GUCGUCGAUGUGCAUCGAGUGAGAGAGGUUGAAUUGAAAUCACUCUGGCCUUUGUCCUCAUUAAGCCAACCCGCCAACUCAUUAUUUCACCACCUCCUUCUCCAACACAACCCCCUUCACCAUGUCCUCACCAAGCGGCUCUUCUUGGCACUCAACCGCAAGCAACGCUAGCGGCUCAUCAUCGAGUACCACGCCUGAGCCACAGCAACGCCCGCAUCCUCCUCACCAGCACAGCCAUCCCCACCUCCACCAUCAGCGAUCAAAGAUCCUCGCUCAGACACACCCUAGCCAGCAGCAGCAACAACAGCAGCAGCAGCAAGCUCCACCACCUCAUGGGUCCCCACGUCGCUCUUCUGUCCCCGCACAAGCCUUCCUACCUCCACGCUUCUUUGGGCAGCAUCACCACUUCUACCCGCAGACACUCACCAACAGCACCACAGGAGCAGCCGAGGCUUUCCAGCCGGGCAGCAGUCCCACGAGGCACAAUGCAGGUUGGCAAGCGGGUAAUAGCCCAAAUAUGUCGACAGGGUUCGCAGGAUACCACGGCAAUGAUAGCAACGAUAGCAGUGCCGUAGCCUCUGGAGAUGCGCAGGCAGGCAGCGCUCGGACUCAAGGCGGCAACAGCACCGGGUCCAGCGGACGUCGCACCAACUCCUUUGGCUCUGCUCUAGGCAAUCGUCUCGGAGCAUUGAGUGCCUUGCGUGGAAGCACACCUUCAGCUCCGCCUGCACCUCCCUCCGAGACGACCCCUUCAGCUCCCACCUCUCCCGCUAUGACCGCCAAGAGUGCAGCCCCUCCUGCACAGGCCGCUCCACAACCGCAACAGUACGAACGCAGACAUAUUUGCGUGCCCGACGGUUGUGGCGGUUUCAUCACCGUUGAGGAUAGGAAGAGUGCUCCGAGUAGCAGAAGGGGAACUUUCUCUGAUGGGAGUGCGGGGGCGAGAGUGGCUUGAGCCACAGCAGGUAGAACGAGACGGGGCAAGGAGCAAGCAACGCAACCAUUCCAGUUGCUCGACGUAGCGCACUCUUUCGCUCGGCUUCGCUGCCCGUCUUCCCUCUCUCUGCGGUGUCUCAAGUUAAAGUGAGGACGGCAUA